UUUGAUACAGUUAGUUGGAUUGCGCAUUGGCCGCUGAUGAAAAGAUUUUUUGGGGUAGAAUUAACUUGCAGGGUGCCGAUUCCGUCAAAUUAGUUUGCGAAUUUCAAAAACUUAUAAGCACCUCGAGUAUGAAACUAAAAAGUCUUUUUCGAAAUUCGAAUUCUUGUUAUGUUUAUUUUAAUACUACACAUCGGUUGUCAACAGUGAUAACAGUUUAAUCCCCACGGCUGCGAGAGGGGUCAAAGGGGGGGACGAAAAAAUGUUGUAUUCCCAUCAAAUUCAUCGUUCCGACUGUCAUUCAACCAAACAAAAGGAAAGGAUUUUAAUGUAGUGCUAUUUUUUUGAGCGAAAAGAUGACGGCAGGGUGUAUAGAAGACAAAAUAGUUAGAUAUUGAUAAAAAAAUACAGUAAAAAUUUGUAAUGAAUGAUUGAUAGACAUAGACGCGCCAACUUUUUCGAUCAAUCAAUUUUGACGCGACUCCAAAACAUUCGAGAAAACUCAUACAAUUAGAUUAAAAACACGCAAAAAGAAGAAUUAGUGCGAUUAAUGAAUAUCCAGGUAUAGGAUAAUAUACGCAAAAUGGACAACAGAGAACACGCCGUUACACCCAAGAGUUCGGACGAUCAUAGCGUGGAGACGCUUGCCGAAGUAUUCAGAUGUUUCAUCUGUAUGGAAAAACUUCGAGAUGCCCAUCUUUGUCCCCACUGCAGUAAAUUGUGCUGUUAUACAUGUGUCAGAAGAUGGUUGACCGAGCAAAGAUCCCAGUGUCCCCACUGCAGAGCCUCUCUACAUCUUCAUGAACUUGUCAAUUGUAGAUGGGUAGAAGAAGUCACCCAACAGUUGGAUGCUCUUCAAGCUGCUGGAAUAUCAAACUUUGCUCAUGACGAUUCCAUCAGAGACAGGUGCACUCUCCAUCGAGAAAAAUUAUCGGUGUACUGCUGGACCUGCGUCAGAUGUAUCUGUCACCAGUGUGCUCUUUGGGGCGGCACUCACUCCGGACAUACUUUCAAACCUUUGGAGGAAGUCUACGAGCAUCACGUUACUCAGAUCAAGGGUGAAGUAGGACAACUUAAAAGACGCCUGACAGAGCUCAUAAGCCUGGUUCAAGAAGUGGAACGAAAUGUUGAAUCCGUCAGAGCGGCCAAGGAUGAGCGAGUGAGGGAAAUUCGAAAUGCGGUUGAGCUCAUGAUAGCUCGUCUGGAUUCACAAUUGAAAGCCAAGCUCCUUACCCUGAUGGGACAGAAAAAUUCUUUGACUUUGGAGACUGAGCAGCUGGAGGCUCUUCUACAGGAAGUCGAGCAUCAGCUUCAUUCCUGCACGAGAUCCGAGCUAAUUGUAAAAAGCCCCGAACUCUCGCGAAUGAUUCAUCAAAUUCGAAAAAAGCCAAUGACGAGUUUCGUCACCGCCCCCGUUCCUGCCGAUUUUCACAGUGAGAUCGUACCAGGUUACGACAGUGCGACUUUUGCUAUGCAACAUUUUACACAGCUACAGUUGAAGGCCGAUCCCGUUUACUCGGCUCCGCUUCACGUCAAUGGAUUAUGCUGGAGGCUCAAAGUUUAUCCGGACGGUAACGGCGUCGUGAGAGGGAAUUACCUCUCCGUAUUUCUCGAACUCAGCGCCGGCCUUCCCGAGACCUCUAAGUACGAAUAUCGAGUGGAAAUGAUUCAUCAAGGAUCACGAGAUACGAGCAAAAAUAUUGUACGCGAGUUUGCAUCGGAUUUUGAAAUUGGUGAGUGCUGGGGCUAUAACCGUUUCUUUCGCCUGGAUCUUCUGGCGACCGAAGGCUAUCUCAAUACGGAACUCGAUACCCUGAUUCUCAGAUUCCAGGUAAGACCGCCCACGUUCUAUCAGCGCUGUAGAGAUCAACAAUGGUACAUAAGUCAAUUGGUGACUGUACAAAAUCAAUACGCCACUCAGAUAAAUGAAUUGAAAGAGCGACUGGCAAUCGAAAUAUCGCGGAAUGCGAUAACGACACCGAGAGUAACGAGCGGUCCGAGUGCGAUAAACCUCGCCAGCUUGAAUCUCCAGCAGCAGCAACAACAAAAUCAGGUCGCGGGUGAACCGCUCAUAAAUAUAAGCACCACGCAAGCUUUAGAUAAUUUUCAUCCGAAUUUGCCGAAUUCUUCCACUCCUACGAGAUCAGUACAAAAUAUAUUGAUGAACAACGCCGACAGUCCGGCUGUUUGUUCUUUGCUGAGUAGCCAGCCUUGUGAAAUUCCUGACAUCGGCGGAGCGCGUCCACCGCUCGGUUCGGUGUCUACUACUAUCUCGUCAGUAUCGAGCAAAAGCAACACCAACGGCUCCAUUUCCAGUCCGAAAACUGUUAAGCAACAACAGCAGCAACGGAUGGGAUGCACCUCUGCAAGUGAACCGACCUCGACGAACGAUUGCACCGGAAUUACAGCUGCUGGUGGAGAUUGUCGGAUACUCAAUGGCGAAACGCCCUCACCCACCCAUCAUUCCUCCCCGACGAUGCUUCGCGAUCUCCAGAGCCUACAUAUACCUUCGAGCAGUAGUAGCAGCAGCAGCAGUGGCAGUAGCGACAGUGGUGAUAUGAGCGAACAUGACAUUUAUCUUGAUGAUUGCGAACCGAACGUAACUCUUCCGGAUGACAAUUCUAACGACGAGAACGACGUCGACGAUGAGACGAUGUCUGGUGAAAACGACGUGGAAAUAGCAGAGGCGUUGGUACCGUGGAUACGACCUAAGCAGCGUGUGAAAGAUCGGCGAGAGAAUGACACUAAUACUCCUGACUCAAACGUGGGACUCGGUCGAGGGAAGAACGAUGGUUCGGAAGACGAAAUAAUGUUGCUGCACUUAUUCAAAAUGCAAGAUCGGAAACCACCGCCGGCAGGCUGGUCCUCGUUGCGAAAACAUUUUCGAGACAAAUUCGCGGAAGUAGCGAGACUAGCCAAUAUUACAACAGGAUCGCCUACCGGCCACGGGAGUCCUCUCGUCGCAUCACCAAUUUGCAAUGCGGCUUCAUAUUCUCACAAGCAUCCAGACUCUCGUGAGAACCCGACCACGUCAACGUGUGGAACCGGCGGUUGCAGCAACGUCGCUCAAAGCAUCGUUGAUCGUCACCGUAGCCCCGAUUAUUGUAGAAUAUCGCCGCGAACCCCCAACAAUCGUUGGUUACCGGACGUCGCCGCAGCUGCCGUAUCACUGCCCUCGACAGCGUCUUCACUGUGCGGUCUUUCCACAGGCACGACCAAAUCUGAGCCAGCCACACGCUCCAAUUCCCUCGAUUGCGACAAAGAUUCAUUGAAUUCAUUUACGACAGCCAUCAACCGUUAUAAUACGACGGAACCAACGUCUGAAAGUUUGCGAGCAAAUCCGGAUCUCUCUGUGCCAAACGUUGCCCUCGAUAGUAAUAAAAUUAUUUCAAAAAACGUAGCGGAGGCAUUGUCACCUUCAGGGACGCAAGUAACUGAUGCCGUUGCAAGGAGUUGCGGCCAACAGGCACAAGGAGAUGGUAGUCGAAUAUUGGAUCUCACGUAUCAAUUGAUCAAGUGUAUGCCACGUGGUCCAGUGGCGGAGGAAGCUGCCAGUGCAUUUUGGGCAGAAAUGAGAACGCAAGCAAUCAGGGAGGGCUUAUUUGUGGAUCGAGAAGCGAGCGUUGGUAGCGGUAGCGGUAGAAGUAGCAGCAGUAGUAACGAGGGCAUCGUCGUCGGGCCGUGCAGUGGCGGGACCAACAACGGCGCCAGUGCUAUACAUCCAGUUUCUCCCAUGGCAACUUUUGAAGGACCGAGCAAUGCCAAUUUGACGCCUACUGCUGCUGCUGCUGCUGCUGCUGCUACGGGAACCACAAUCCCUGCUCCGAAUCCAAAUAAUUACAGCUGGACUCCGCCGCCACCAUAUCAGCACAAACAUGAUCACGCGCAAUGCCUCGAAGGCCGAAAGAAAAAUGUAUGAAACUCUGAUUAAGUAAGUUUUGAUUUGUUCUUGUUGACGAGAGAUUAUACUAUAAUUUCUUCAAAGUUCUAAACUUUCCAAACAAUAUAAUAAGGUAUAACGUCUACCAGGAUUCAUGGGAAUGACGGAAAAGACGGUGGUAGCGUUUUAUUUAUUUGACUAAAUGGCAUUCUCCAUUAUUGAAUUAUUUAUUUCUGUAUGAUAAUGGUGUAUACUCUUUGGAAAAGAAGAAUAGAAAAUGGAGCGUUAUGAUUUAGAAUCAUCAA